GAAGAGAAGGAAGCGGGUGCAGCAGAAGCGACAGGAGGCGCCUGACCGACGAGAAGAGGAGGAGCUCGAGGGGACAGAGACGGACGGAAAGAAAAAGAGAGAGACAGGGAGAAAAAAGGAGACCCAAGGCAGACAGUUUAGACUGAGACGGUCUAGACACACAGGAGCGUCUAAACCGAGACAAAAAGGAAAAGAGAGACCGAGAGAAAGAGAGGUAUAGAUACAGAGAAAGAGAGAGGCAGAGAAAGGAAGAAAGGAGAGCCAAAAGACGAAAAAUUGUGGACAAGCAGCCAAAAAUAAUGGCAACCAGCGGCACCAGCAGUGAGGAGGAGCGGAGCCUCCGGGAGUGUGAGCUCUAUGUCCAGAAGCAUAACAUCCAGGCACUCCUUAAAGAUUCCAUUGUACAGCUCUGUACUGUUCGACCUGACAGACCCAUGGCAUUCCUUAGGGAAUACUUUGAGAGACUGGAGAAGGAGGAAUCAAAACAGCUCCAGGCUUUGGCUCUGCCGGUGCAGAAAGCAGUUAUCCUGGCUGAAACAAGGGAAGAAGAAAUUUCUCCUCCACCUCCCAACCCAGUGGUUAAGGGUCGGAGACGAAGGGGUGCUAUCAGUGCAGAGGUGUACACUGAGGAAGAUGCUGCAUCAUAUGUUAGAAAGGUUAUUCCAAAAGAUUACAAGACUAUGGCUGCUUUAGCUAAAGCCAUUGAGAAGAAUGUACUGUUUUCACAUCUUGAUGACAAUGAGAGAAGUGAUAUUUUUGAUGCUAUGUUCCCAGCUUCCUUUAUUGCUGGAGAGACUGUAAUUCAACAAGGUGACGAAGGUGAUAACUUCUAUGUGAUUGAUCAAGGAGAGAUGGAUGUCUAUGUCAACAAUGAAUGGGCAACCAGUGUUGGAGAAGGAGGGAGCUUUGGAGAACUUGCCUUGAUUUAUGGAACACCCAGAGCAGCAACUGUCAAAGCUAAGACAAAUGUGAAAUUAUGGGGCAUUGAUCGAGACAGCUAUAGAAGAAUCCUUAUGGGAAGUACAUUGAGAAAACGGAAGAUGUAUGAAGAAUUCCUUAGCAAAGUAUCUAUUUUAGAGUCUCUGGACAAAUGGGAGCGUCUCACAGUAGCUGAUGCAUUGGAACCUGUUCAGUUUGAAGAUGGACAGAAGAUUGUAGUGCAAGGAGAACCAGGAGAUGAGUUCUUCAUUAUCCUAGAGGGUUCAGCUGCUGUUCUACAGCGUAGAUCGGAGAAUGAAGAAUUUGUUGAAGUAGGAAGAUUGGGGCCCUCUGAUUAUUUUGGUGAAAUUGCACUGCUGAUGAAUCGUCCACGAGCUGCCACAGUGGUUGCUCGUGGCCCCUUGAAAUGUGUUAAAUUAGACCGACCUCGCUUUGAACGUGUCCUCGGCCCUUGCUCAGACAUCCUCAAACGCAACAUCCAGCAGUACAACAGCUUUGUGUCACUAUCUGUCUGAAAUUUGGCUCCCUUGCUUGAGCUUAUGCCUCACCAAUCCUUUCCCUCAUUUGCAGUACUACAUUGGUCAUUGGCAUUGUCGCUUCCUGUCUGUUUAUAUACAUAUAUAUGUAUGUAUACACAUACACACACACACACAUAUAUAUAUAUAUAUAUAAAAGAAGGAAAGAAAAGAAUUGCUUUCAUUGCACCAUUUUAAUUUGGAGCAUUAGUUGAAGUGCUGUGUCCAGUUUAAUAAAUAGUUAUAUGGAGACUUUGCUGUUACUGCUUCUCUUUGUGCAGUGUUAGUGUCCAGCUUUUGGCAGUGAGUGCCAUGCUUUUUGGUGAGGGCAGAUCCCAGCACCAAAUGAAUUGCCAUAGAGUAAGAAUAUAACAGUGGAAAAAUAAAAAAAAAAAGAAACAUACUUUUCCAAUUAUUGUAAACGUAUUUUUAGACUGGUCAUAAUCUGACUUUUUUGUUUAAAAAGAAAAAAAAAAACUCCUUACCGAGCUUCUCUAAAGUUUAAAAAUGCAUGAGUACUCUAAUUCUCGGUACAAUGGAGAGACAUUUGCUUAUAGUCAAAUAGUAGUUUAGAAGUAGCAGGAAAUGUGCCCACUGUCUGCUGGUUUUCAGAUGACUUAAUAUGUUUGGUUUCUUGUUAAAAAUUUCCAGACUUUUUGGUCCUGCUAAAUUGCCUGCUUCUAUUCACCACUAGCUACUGAUAUAACUUCCCUUAUUUUAAAGAAAGCUUCUCUGCUUGACUGUUUCCAGCUGUCAUUAGCUGCUUUUCAGCCUGAUUCCAAAACUUAGAAGCAAAGACUGGACUAAUGUUCAACUAAAUUUGUCUAGUGAUUCACAAAUUAUAAAGCGAGUACUCCAUUUACCCAAUUAGUGCCAAAUACUAAAUGUCAGGCAUUGGACCGAGUGAAAGAAUUUGAGAUGGACAUUCUUCUCACUUUGUAGCUUUUGCUUCUUGCAUGUCCUUCAUUUGACUUCUGUAUAAGCUUUUCUGCCUGAUUCCAAGAAAUAGGCUUAGUUGGGAGUAUAUACAUGUGGAAGAAUCUGUCCUCAUGGAAUAUGGAGGUGCUAUGGCUAAUGUGGGAAUUGUGAGAUGGAUCAAGUGUGGUGUCAGGUACCUUUUUCUGUCCCAUAAAAGUGCAUAUAAUUUAAUUUUUUUCUUUUAUGUUAACCAGAAAUUAUGCUGGGUUGAGGGGGUAUGUGUGUGUUUUAAGUUUAUGUAAAAUGCCAUAUCAGGCUUCCUUUCUCAUUCAGCCUAAUAAUCUAUGACAUUCUAUGAAGUGUAAGUAAAACCUUUCUGAGUCUUUAAUAUAUUUCAGUAUUUACCAGCUUUUUGUUACAUUACUCUGUCAAUGAUAUUUUUUAAAACUAAAUUCCACAGUUUCAUAAUGUAAACAAUUUUAAGGUUUUAUUUUCAUUGUAAUCUUUGAGAGAAAAUUGAACUUGGGAGUGAAGCAAGCAUUUUUAUGUUAUGCAAUGAGCUUUCAUAAUGCUUUCUGUUUUUUCUUGGGUAUUUACAUUGGUCACAGUGUAUUUUGUUCCAAGAUUUAAGUGUUUUUCAGACUGUUGGUUGUAAAAUUUAUUCCCAAGGCACAAGCCUUGGGAAGGUAAAAAGUCACCAUGUAUAAAUAUUUCUGUUUUUCAGCAGAAGGUAGUGUAAGGGUUUCUAGUGCUUACCUUCAUGUAUGAGUAUUUUUUUCAAUUUAACAAAUUUUUCUAUCUGUA